ACCCGUCCGUCCAUCUCUGCCGCUCUCUCUCUCGAAUCGAGGAACAGAGAGAGCGAGAGAGAGAGGGGCCGUCCGUCCAUGGAAGGCGAGAGCACCCACUGACCGCCGCCAUCUCCCUCUCUCGACCUUCACUCUGGACCUCCAAUGUCCGAGGCGAAGUGGGCAUUCCAUGCAUUUCCAAACGCGGGAUGAUAUACUGCAGCGGGUGCGGUUUUCCUCCUCGUUAGCUGCUCCAUAUAGGCCGGAAGAAGAGCCACUCUCGGGUUCUUGACAUUCGGCACGGGCUCUGCUUCGGAAACUCAUGGCGUGCCAGUCUGGAGCCAUGGCAAUGCAGUUGAGCCUGCUGCUGCGGGAAAAUGAAGCCUCCGGAAGUUCCUGCAUGGUCCUAGCGCCUCCUGUGGUUUCGAACUCGAUAAUGGAAUCCUGCAUCAACAGUCGAGUUUUCUUUCGGCUGAAGUCUGCAUCUUUUUAUUGGAACAGUUCUCAGAUGAGAAGACAUGGCUGGAAAAUAGCCUUUGCCCUGAAUACAGGCGGGAUUCCUGGUAAUGGCGAGCAAGACGACCUCAAUGGUGAUGAUGCUGAUCUCAGUCGUACUCGAUUGGGCAGGAUAGUGAGCGCUGGGGGCAGACAACUUCUGCAAAAACUGAACUCAGCUAGAAGGAAUUUCCCCAUGAAGGUAUUUCUUCUUCUAUUGGGUUUCUAUACAGCAAAUGCAUUGGCGACAAUUCUUGGGCAGACAGGUGACUGGGAUGUGCUUGUUGCCGGUGUCGUGGUUGCAGCCAUUGAGGGGAUCGGUAUGCUUACGUAUCGAAAACCCCCUUCUCUUUCUAGCAGAAGACUUCAGUCCUUUGUCACAAUGAUGAAUUACUGGAAAUCAGGCGUUUGUUUAGGCCUGUUUGUGGACGCUUUCAAAUUAGGUAGCUAGAAACCCUUUAGCUAUGUGAUAAUAAUCUCAUCCUGUAUCCAUGAAUCAACCAAACAAGAAACCGCAAAAAGUAAAAUGAAGGAUUUUUUUCUCUGACUCUUUCUAAAUCCGAAUUGGGUGCUGUCUCUUAGACCAGGUGCACGUGUAUAAAAUGUAUACUUGAUGCCAUUGGUAUAGAUGAUCCAAAUGUUGGUUCGAGGAUUUUUC